AUGCAAACUGCAUUGAAUUUAUUUUUACUUUGUCGAUUUGGAAGAAUGGCAAAAUUUGCUGCAACUGAUGGUGCAUUUGAAAAAAUUGAUACAAAUCGAGAUGGAAGGAUUGAUAAAAAUGAAUUUCGUAAAUGGAUUUCAAAUGCAGAAGGAUUGCCUUCUUCAUCAUACGAAUCGUCAACUAGUGGAUUUAAUCUUCGUGAUAAUACUACUAGUCGAUUUGAUCGAGAUAAAUAUACUUCAUAUGGAACUACAACAGGAGCUAGGGGGUUGAUUGAUGAUACGGUGAUAAAUACAAAUAGUUUGGAAGAAACGAAUGCAUAUCUUGCAAGAUCAGCUAGUAAUAUUUAUAGGGAUCGUAAUCCACAAAUUAUUCGGCGAGCAACAACUGAACGUCCAGUAACAUAUGAACAACGAGUUGUUGUUAAAUAUCUUCAACCACCACCUGUUCCAGAACCAGGACCACUCAUCGUAAAAGAAGUGCGUUCAGCGCAACCACCACCACCUCGACCACUUAUCAUACGCCAACAUGCAUCACGUGUUCCUUCACCACCUCCCCUUAUCUUACGUGAACGGCCACCAACACCACCGCCAUGUAUUCCCAGUGAAACAGUUACUCGUUGUUUACCUGCUCUACCUGCUCCACCACGAUCAGUUGUCAUCGAACGUUUUCCACCUCUUCCAGCAAAACCACGCGAUAUUAUAAUUGAACGAUGGAUUCCCUAUGGACCUCAAUCUGAACGUCGUACAAUUGUUGAACCUGCUCCUCCUGCUAUAAAAUAUCCAGAACCGCGUAAUAUAAUUAUUGUGUAUGGAGCUGUUGAAACACGUACAGCCCGAAAAUUUCAAAAUCUUGGAGCUAUUAAAGAAAAUCCUGCCGAUUAUAUAGCUCGUUAUGGACAAUCACUUUUACGUUCAGAAACACUUAUUCAACAGGCUCGUAAUGCUGGUGUUAUUGAAGAUAUAUCGCCUUCGACACUAUCAUCUUCAAUAUAUACAAAUACACGCGGAAAUACUGAUUUCGAUCAGUCAAAUGAAAUAGUCAAUCGAGGUUUUUUAUUACCGGGUGGAACUAAUUGGGAAGGAAGUCAACUAGCUAUUGGUACGCAAACUAUUGAUCGUGGUAAUAGAAGUUAUGCAUCAUCAGCAUCAAAGUUGAUUCGUGAAAGUAGAAGCCAACGUGCAUUUCAUGGUAGUGAUGGUAGUAUUAUCGCUAUAAGGAUAUAA